AUGACCCAUCUAAUCUUUGCAGAGGAGGCCGACCACAUUGUGAAGGUUUCUGAAAGGCGCCUGGAGCGCUCCGGUGUCGUGGGCGGAGAUGGCGGUAGCGAGACGUCCAACAUCCGCACCUCUUAUGGCGUGUUCCUGGAUCGCGGCGAGGAUGAAAUUGUGAAACGGGUGGAGGAGCGCAUCGCCGCCUGGACGCUGAUGCCAGUCGGCAACGGCGAGGGUCUCCAAGUGCUGCGAUACCAGAAGGAGCAGAAGUACGAUGCCCACUGGGACUACUUUUUUCACAAGGACGGCAUCACCAACGGUGGUAACCGCUACGCUACCGUGUUGAUGUACCUGGUGGACACGGAGGAAGGUGGCGAGACUGUGUUUCCCAACGUCGCCGCCCCCGGGGGGGAGAACGUUGGCUUCUCGGAGUGCGCCCGCUACCACCUCGCUGCCAAGCCUAAAAAGGGCACCGCCAUCCUCUUCCACUCGAUCAAGCCGACGGGUGAGCUGGAGCGCAAGUCCCUGCACACCGCCUGCCCUGUUAUUCGCGGCAUCAAGUGGUCGGCGGCGAAGUGGAUUCACCACGCCGAAACCAUCGAGCAACACCCACAGCCCAAGGUUAAGCCACAGGACCUGCCCCCGGGCUGCGAGGACUCUGACGAGAUGUGUCCGGAGUGGGCGGAUGCGGGCGAGUGCGAGCGCAAUGCCUCGUUCAUGGUUGGCAGCAGGGCACGCCCCGGCAAGUGUGUGGCUUCUUGCAAGCGGUGCGAUUUGGUGGUGGACACGGGCGCAGAGGGCACGCAGGAACAGUGGAAGAAGGCGAACAGCGCGAGCAGGCGUAGCUUGGGCAAGAUUUAA